UUCAUUAAGCACGUAUUUACUCUCAGUACAAUUGACGAAAUUACACGGGCGUAAAAAUUUAUGACACAAUUCAUCGAUCAAACAUUGAUAAUUUACCCAUACAACCCGGCCGAGCAAUUUGAUGAAAGUUAUACCGAUUCAUUGUAUAAAAUCAUUUUAAUCAGAACGAUGGGUCUUUGAAACAGUGAAGUUGUGAAAAAUGUGCUAUAAAUUUUGACAGGUGUGAAGAGACUCGUUAUUAUUAAAUACGUGAAUUAUUUUCUUUAAAAAUCGACGACUUCUCUGGACUUUAUCGAAUUGCUAAACGUAAAGAAGAGACGAUUAUGAAAGCCGAGGGAUCGGCUCCACCAGUUGUCAUCCAUCACAAAGUAAAGGUAAAGGAGGAAACGAAAGAAUGCAAUUAUCACCCAGAAAAUUUACAAACGGAAAGCCAAGUACCAACGACAAUGACUGUACCAGUGGUUGGUGCAAGUGCAAACACAAUCACAACAACUUCAACAGCAAACUCAAACAGCACACCCAACCUUUCCAAUCAUCCACCUUCAACAGCCUCAAACUCAUCAACGAACGAGGCAACUUCUCCAACAAGUACCCACCAAAAUUCAAGUGUCAUUUGCCAAGUCCCAUCAUCCACGAGUUCAGUGCACAAUGGCGUUGAACCUGUCGAUUUGGAUCUCAAAAAUAAAGGCAUCCCGUCAUUUCAACCCCGCGACGACAGAGGAACUGACAUGACGAGCAAAGAAAACCGCUCGUCACCAUCCACCAAUAAGUCAAAACUCUUGGGACACAGCAUCAAUGGCCACCCAGAGUUCUCCAGGCAAUUAUCAACUAGCUCAUCAGGUAACGAUAGUCCGAUCUCGUCGCACUCAAUCAAACCGGAGGAUGAGACCGACAUUGGAAAACACGAGGAAUCACCGACAUCUGCACCACCGCAAAUAUCGACCGAAACCAGCACCACCAGCACUACCAGCACCAAUGGAGUAGCUCUGAAUGGUGGUCUCAGGUGUAUAUCCAGUGUUUUCGCGGGUCACGCCAAGCUUAAGAGACUUCUCGGUACUCUAGUGCAAUUCGCUAAUAAUAUAUCAGCGGACACCGGUGACACUGUCCGGAGUCUAGUCCUUGGCCUUCUGAGUGGAACGAUGUCGGCUGAAGAGUUUCAUUCGGCCGUCCAAGAAGCAACUAAUUUUCCCCUCCGAGAUUUCGUUCUCCCAUAUCUCAGACACACACUUCCUGCCCUCAAAAGAAACCUCAACACUGCAGCAAGAGCCAACAAUCAAACGUGUGUGCAAUAUUUACGCGCAAAUGAAUCAGCAGUCCUGGAGACGGUGAGCCUGACCCCGAGCAGUGACACAGUUGAACUCUUUGGUGAUCACAGCACUAAUGGCACAUCAUCAACAGCGACGAACUACAGCUUACGAUCUAGCACUGGAUCGAGUGUUAAUUCACUUGCACACAGUAAUUCACUUCAUCACUACAGCGGUGCCACAAAUUUGGCAACGAAACGUCGAGCCCCUGACACACCGUACGGCUAUGAUAAUGCGAGUGAGGAUUCAUCUUUGUACGGAAAACGUUCGACAAAUCCCUGGAGUCAUCAUCCCCCAACCCAACAGCAAUCAGACAUGUACUGCUGGUAUCAUCCAACGAUUCAGGGUCACUCCCAGGGCCAUCUGCCACCGAAUCUCGUUCAGAUAAAUCAGUUGUCGUCAUUUGGUCCACCCCUUCCUCCUCAGCAACAGCAGCACCAGAUUAAUCACACACCCAGCCAAAUGCAAAAUGGUUCGAGUCUCGAUGACGAAUGGAAGAAUAUCCACGUUAUGCUCAAUUGUAUUCUCGGUAUGGUGGAGAAGACAAAACGAGCGCUGGUGAUACUACAGAGACGCGGGUGUUCCAGUCCAGCUGCUGCAACACCUGCAUCCGGAUUGGCAACGCAGAAUGGCACUAGUAAUGGUAACAAUAUCUCCAGUGCAAAUGGCACACAGAUCGAGUCAUCCAGUGGUGAUCGCGAUGGAAAUUUGAAACGUUUGUCUGGAGAAAUUGUGGCUCAGACUAUCCGAGCUACUGAGGACAGGGUAGCAGCUGAAGUCAAAAGGAGAGCUGAAGAGGCAGUGCAAGAAGUAAAACGUACUGCGAUGAUAGAGGUGCAGCGAGCAGUGGCUGCAGCAGUGGCUGAAUCACGUGCGAGUGAACGAAUGAGGGUCCAACAUCUUCUGGAUAUACCAAUGGCCCAGAGAGGACGCGGGACCAUGCGACAGGGGGCAUUCCUCAGGCUUGGGGGCCAUGUCAAUCCAGAAUCCACUUCGAAGGCGGUUUCAGCCAGUGAAGAUGAGAAAGAGGGAGUUCAUGCUAUGGGAACCAAUUGUUGGAACUGUGGGAGACCAGCUCUGGAGACUUGUGGAGGAUGUGGAAUUGCGAGAUACUGUGGAUCAUUCUGCCAGCAUCGGGACUGGGAAGCUGGUGGUCAUCAUGCUACCUGCAGAUCCAGUCCAACCCACGAAUCCACUCGUUGCUCAUCACCGAGUCCACCAAGACCUGGUAACAGCUCGAAUGAAGCCGACACUCCAACGCCAACGGUCGCCAAAGGGAAGUGAUUGUACAGGAGAGACUAUUCAGUCCUCUCGCGUUUCAAUUUUUCACUUUACACUCAUUCCUGUCGAUGAGCUCCAGAUGGGAAUCAAGCAGAUUAACGAAUUUCAAUGAUUAUUGUUUAAGUCAUUCGUAUUGUUAUCACGUUUCAUCUUUACGUGAAUAUUCAUUGGAUUAAUUCUGGGACGAAGUGAUAUAGAGAGAUAAUCCAAAUUUAACUUCUUUCCCCAUUCUUAAUUAUCAAUUUAUUUCGAAAACUAUCGAUUUGAGGGCGUAACGUCGAAAGACUUUUUUGGAGUUUAUUAAAUUGCAGAUAAAAAAGUUCUUUUAGGUUUUCUCGGAAAGUCGGUAGUCUUUGAGAUUAAUUGCUGGGUAGUUGAACUGGAAUAUUAAAUUAAUUUCAAGUCAUAAUUGUUAGGUAGAAAUGAUGAGUGAUGGUUUAAUAUCCUCAUCGUGCAUGUUGGGUAAGAAUAAAAUCUUCAUUGUAGAGAUUGAGUCAAUUUUCAUAAAAUGUAUUAAUUAUAAUAAUUUAGGAGUUAGUAUUGUUACCAUAUCUUUGUUAUUUAUUAUCAUCAUUUUUUUCAUAAGUCAUAACUGCACCUACCUUUUUAUCCUAGUCAAUUGAAUAGGUACGACUUAAUGUAUAAAUUAUAAUAACAAAUUCAUUCACUCGUUUAUGGAAUUAUAAGAUGUAAAAUUAAUUAUGUACUGUCUAGUCAUGAAACUCAAAUUACCACCAAUUAACAGGAUAUAAUUGAAAUAAAUCAUAGAUUGUGAUGAUCGAAAUUAUCAUUUGUCAUAUGAAACCUUGCUCAAUCUAAUUUUAACGUUAAUAAAUAUCAAUUGUAAUCUUGAAAUCUGAAUUUAGAAUUGAAA